AUGGCCGCGUGCGCGGCGGUCCGCGAGAGCACCGCGCGCGUCGCCGCGGCGGCGACGCACGUCGCGAUCGACGACACCGUCAUCGCGAAGCUCGUCGAUGAGAUGCCGCCGGAGGUGGUCGCCACGAUGUUGGGCCCGCGCGAUUUCGACGUCGACGAGAUCCACUUCUUGGACGCGUCCGACGAGGACCUCACCGCGCGGUACCUCCUGUGCGUGGACGCGAUCAACUUUUGCUUCUGGCCGGACCACGACGGCGACGGCGGCGCGUCGCUCCUGGCGUGGCAGAGAGAUUUCGGAUGCGACGACAAGCAGCUCGCGGGCGAUCCAGACUUGCUGUACUGGCAGAACGCGUUCAAGGGCGACGCGAAGCCGAAGGACCUCUCGGGGGAUAAGCAAGGCCUGGAGUACGAGCACGUCGCGGGCGGGCUGAAGCGCGCGCUGACGCGCGACGACGACGCGCUGGACGUGGACAAGCUCAAGGCGAUGACCGGGACGCGGCUGCGGGAGCUCUUGAAGUGGCCGCGGCCGCUGCCGCUCGAGGAGGAACGCGCGAGGCUCCUGAGAGAGGUGGGGACGCAGCUCGACGUGCUGUGGGAUGGAAGCGCCGCGAAGAUGAUCCGCGCCGCGCGCCAGAGCGCCCCCGCGCUCGUGGACAUCGUCGCGAAGACGUUCCCCGGGUUUCGCGACGUCGCGGUGUACGCGAGAGACGGGAUGCAGUGCUUUCUGUACAAGCGCGCGCAGAUCUUCGUCGGCGACGUCUGGGGCCGGUUCGGCGGCGCCGGGCUCGGCGACUUCGCGGACAGCAUCAAAGAGCUCACGAUGUUCGCGGACUACCGCGUCCCCGUGGUGUUACGCAACUUGGGGGUGUUACGCUACGACGAGAACCUCAGCGUGAAGGUGGACCGCGCCGUGGGGACGAUCCCGGCGGGGAGCGACGAAGAGGUGGAGAUUCGCGCGUGCAGCGUGCAGGCGGUGGAACGCAUCCGGGCGCUCCUAGAGAAGCGCCUGGAGGUUGAGCACGAGCUGCAGCCGGUCGCGGGGUUGGGUCCGGGGCUAACCUCCGUCGCGAUCGACUGGUACCUGUGGGGGGUUGGGGAGAAGGACCGAGACGAGGGGCCGCCGCAUCACAGGACGAUCACGGUGUUUUACUGACGCACUGAUCUUACAUUACAUUACCCCCAAAAGUUACACACGCGUCGCCGUCCUCGCUCGUCACCGGCUCAACUCCGCGGACGUCCCACCCUCCGCCGCCCUCACCGCGACCCCCAACGUCUUCUUCAUCCGGUGCUGAAGGAUCAGCGUCGGGUCGAACAUCGCGGCGAUCCCCCCCCACGCCCCCGCGCUCGCCAUGCACGCGCGGACCUCGUCGACGACGUACCCGUGCUUCUCGUACAACGCGAUCGCGCCCGCGUUGGACUUCACCACCGUGAGCUCCGCCUCCGCGCAUCGCAUCUCGCGCGCGCCCAGCGACUCCGCCUCCCAGAGCAGCCUCCGCGCGAGCCCUCGCCUUCGAUGCUCCUUUCGCACCUCCACGGAGGACAAGAACAGCGUGUCGUUCGCCUUGCCCUUCCUCCAGCACACGAGCCACGCGACGACGUCGUUGGGAUCGUCGCCCGCAGCCGCGCUCGCGUCGCGCGACGGCGCGGGGUCGCCGUCCGUCUCCGUCUCCGUCUCCGUCCGUCGCUUCCUAAUCACGACGCGCGUCUUCCCGCCGCCGACGGGCGGGUCCUCGAUCUCGACGAAGUACCCGGGCGGCAGCGGCGGCGGCGCGUGGCG